AUGGCGAUUCAGUUUGAUGUAAUGGCUCUGCUCAAUGCACCAGACAAAAGAAAUGGCUGUGAAGUGCAUGAGAUUCUGAAAGAAUAUGAACUGAAGUACUGCUUUGUGGACCGCAACAAAGGCACAGCCUUUGUGACUUUGCUGAACGGGGACCAGGCUCAGGAUGCCAUCCGCUCCCUCCAUCACAGCACUGUCCGGGGACGCUUGAUCAACGUCACGCUGCAGCCCACCGACUCCCUGCUCUGCCUCACCAACCUGCCCCACACCUACACUGCCCAGCAGUUUGAGGAGCUGGUACGCGCCUAUGGGAACAUCGAACGCUCCUUCCUGGUGUACAGCGAGCUGACGGGCCACUCCAAGGGUUAUGGGUUUGUCGAAUACAUGAAGAAGGAUUCUGCUUCACGGGCCCGUUCUGAGCUGCUGGGCCGACCGCUGGACGAUCGCUCAUUGAUGGUGCAGUGGAUGGACGUCAACCAGCUGAGUCGAGAGGAGAACCUGCACUCCAGGUGUCUGUGUAUAAACCGGCUGCCGCUGGACCUCUGCGACUCUGAGGAACUGACCCAGCUCUUCUCGGAAACCUACAAACCUGUCUUCUGUCAACUUGCUCAGGAUGAGGGCAGCCCAGUCCGAGGCUUCGGUGUGGUGGAGUAUGAGUGCGCGGAGCAGGCGGAGGCUGUGCUGAUGGAGAUGGACCGAACACUGGUGGGAGGACAGGAGGUCCGGCUGUCCCUCUGUACCCCCGGCACCUCAGGGAGAAGCACCCUGGCUGCACUCAUCGCCGCCCAGGGUAUGAUUCUGAGUAACAGGAAAGGUCUGCUACCAGAACCCAACAUAGCCCAGCUGUUGACCAGCAUGACCAACCCUGCUGCCCUGCAGAUCCUCAUGAGGCCGUACCACACUGGGAAAAGAGGAGGGAAGUACGGCCGUCACGCCAGCCUGCCGUUCCUCAGACCUCCGCUCUCCGCGGCUCUGCUCACACUGGGAAAAGCACACCAGAAUGCUUUGCUUGGUAAUGGACUGGUCCUCCAGAACCUCUUGCAUAUGCAGCUCGCACAGCAACAGCUUCUUCACAUCAAAGACAAACGCAUGAGCAGCGUCUCCAGUCUGCUCGGGGACCCGUCCAGGCUGCUGAUGCAGAAAAUUUUGUCUAUGCGGCCUCCAGGCCUUGUUCAGCUGGGGAAAGGCCUCCUGGGAGACUCCCCUACAGAGUUGGGCCAGGAGUCUGCGGCAUUGUCUGCCCACAAUGCCGCAGUAGUGAUAGCUGCAGCAGGUGUGAUGCCAUACCUCCAGGGUCGAGCUGGAGGGCUAGAACAAAACAGCCCCCAUUCUAUCUCCACAAACCCUUCUGCUUCCUCCUCCACAUCCUGUGACAGGCAGCCAGCUCCCCCUGGGACCAUGGUGAGCUGCCAUCCACAUGGACAGAGCUAUUCCCUGGGUAUAAGUAACUCAGGCCUCGGCCCGCCUCCACCUAAACCCCCUGGAGGAGUUUAUACAUCAGCAGGCCAGCACAACAGCUCAGAUGGCUGCCCCCUGGCUAGCAUGCUAAGCGGUUGUCAUGGCUCUCUGUUGGGCGAUCCUCCUAAAGAAGUCAGACUGCCUUCCAAUCCUUACCUGAACCUGGCCAGUGUGAUGCCAGGGGUGGUUCUGCAAGGGUCAGUGGGAAGUAAAGGACAGGGAGGACAGCCUGGCUCCGGGGUGUACGGCAGCUCUGUUGCUCCCAUUGUCUCCCAGGGCUCCGGAUCCUACUCCCACAGCGCGGGGGCUCCAACCACAGCCCAAUACAGCACUGAUACCUCCACUGACUACAGCCAAUACAACCCGGCCUACACACAGGAGGCCAUGCAGCAGUGGUAUCAGCACUACCAAGCACAAGCUCACACCUACAGCACCGCUCCUCCACAGGACAACACGGCCACAGACUACAGCAAGGAGCACACACAGGCUCCUCCAGUGUCGACCUACGGGGAUUACAAUUCCUACAUGCAUGCAGUCACUCAGUACUACUCCCAGCCUGCAGCAGCCAACCAGGCCUACGCCAGCAAGGAGGUAGAUGUGUGUAAGCCUCUAGGAGUCUCUCUGCACGCAGUCAAUAACGGCGCCGCCCCACCACCGGCCGUCCUACCAGCUGCUGCCGUGCACCCAGCCUACAGCACCCUGCCUUUAAUGCCCGGCUUCCUCGGGGCACCACACCCGGCGGUAGCCACGGCAAACCCCGUCACGCACGCACACACUGCCGCCACCGACUGGAACACCUACUAUUAUAAUCAGACGAGGGGCCAUAAGAGGGAGUACCCUCAGCUGGCGGUGCAGGAAGUGACAUCAUCAGAUGGCGCCUACAUCGGGCAGCACUCCCAAGGCCUGGGAGGGCAGUACGCUGACUACUUUAAGAGGAAGAGGCUCUAAUAUGAACCAAACCACCUUAAAGCCUAAAGCUUAUGGAGGGGGCCGCACACACAGCGUCUGCUGGAUGUCACAGCUCCCUCUAGUGGCCUUUCUGUGGCUGCCAUUUUGCAUCCCUACAGUAGGUAUUGAGUUUAAUAGAAUUUGGGGUUGCAAAUGGCUCAAGUGAAAGUAAGCCAUAGUGCUCUUUGAUCCUGGCACUUAUGUACACACACACACACACACACACACACACACACACACACACACACACACACACACACACACAAACACGGUGUUGCUUUUGUCCUGUUCAAGCCUUAAAAUCUUUAACUUAAACUGUUGUUUCUCAGUCAGUGUGUCAACUGUACUCAACUAAUAUUAUCUUGUACAUUUUUUCUAAUAUAAUGUAAACUAAAGUAUACUGUAUCUGUACGUAUAAGCUGCUUUUGUAUCUGCAGCCAGGCGACCUGUCUGCCUGCUGAAACUGUCUUAGGGCUGGUCUCACAGUCAGGUGUCUCCCUCUCUGUCUGCUUUCAAACUGCCGCUUUGAUCAGUCAGUCAAACUGACUUCUGUUUGUACCCGCUUCACUGUCUUUUCUCUUUUCCUUGUAUUGCCCAGGUUUCCUCUUUUAUAGCCCCCCCCCCCCCCCCGCGUAGAAGUAGAGAGUGUGUGUGUAUGUGCGCGCGUGUGUGUGUGCGUGCGUGUGUGUGUGUGUUUAUGCGUGUUGAUGCUGUUUCUGUAGGAAGUGUCAGCCAUUUCAAUCCCAAGGUUUGGGAGCACAUCAGGAAAAAAAGGGGCCUGAACCAAUCAAAGCCCUUAAUUGUGGUGACUUUUACAAUAGCUUCACUCAUUGAAUGGACCUUUCUUUAUAAAGACUGGACAGAACUAAAAGGCUGGUGUAAAUACAGUGUGUAAUACAGAAUAUAUAAAGCCAUGCGUAACAGACAAUAUCAAAUUUAAUGGACGUUUCCCGGCCCUCUCUCUUGAGCGCAUUGUACUACAUGAAAACAGGAAAACAUUUACUGCGUGUCUGAAUUUCUUUUUUCAGUCUAUCCUGUUAUAUAUUUGUAAUAUAAUAUAAUGAUAUUGAAUCAAAUUGUGUUGACUUAAAUGUAGUUAUCUGGUUUGGUUUUGAACAUUUAAGCCAAAUAUUAGGGCACAGUCCUUUCUCUUCUCUCUGUUGUAACACAUUAGGGUGUUUUCAGGGAGAUCUGUUGGGACUGUGACUGAAGCUUUACUUCCAUUUCCAGCUGCCGUUAGAGCAGAAAGUAUUUAGACUGUAAGUUUGUCCCGAAUCCAUACUACAUACCUACUCAAAGCUGCUUUUACUGCUCAAGUGACAAAAAAACAUAUAUACUGAAACCACUCAGUAUGUUUAAGAUAAACCCUGAAAUAGAGAUUUCCAGAGAUGGGAAACACAUUUAAAUAAAUGCUUAAUGGAGGUUAAUUCACUCCAGAAAAACAUUUCAUUUCCGGAAAAACAUUUAGCGUUCUCUUUAUAAUUGGCAGUGAUAUUUUUGACUACAGUGGUGCACACAUUGCAUCAUUUCCUGUUACUAUAAAAGGGUAAAGCAUGUUUUUGUAUGCUGUCUGGUCUGUACUAUGAGAUUGGGACACAUUUCAUUUUAGGGACUGUUUCAUCUUCAGAAUCAAAAACGUUCAGCAUUUUUCUUAUUUUUUGCUCGUCACAUGCUAAUAUAAAGAGCCACUGUGCAUGUUUUUCUUUAAUGAGCGCUGGUAGAUUUUCUGCACCUUUUUUAGGGGGAAACAGAAAAAGAAAAAAAAGAAAACUAAUUUUCGGAGAGUAAUGUUUUCCAACUGUUUAAAUAAAUACUAAAGUUUUUUUAUCCUUUGUGUAUAAAGACUUCUUUAUGAUUUUUUUAUUAGAGCAAAGGCUCUGAACUGAAUAAUACUUCAUGUCCAUAAGGUUCAAUGUUCUGUACUUAGGAAAGGGCUUGGUAUUUUAAUAUUACAGCGUGGAUAUUAGGUUUUUUUUAUGUGCACAAACCGGCAAUAACUAAAGGCUCCUUCUACUGUAGAAAGUUGAAUGUAAAAUGUUUAUUUUCUAGUGUAAACUCUUCACACAGCAUUAAACUCCUACGUAACGGCUUGUA